ACCCUCUUCUUCUCACCCGCUCGUCAGCGUUCAUGGCAGAGGAUCUGGACGACGGCGAGCUCUGGCUCCCCUCCGAUAUCGUCCCCGACCUCGGUCUUCGGCGCCACCCCAAACCUACCAUCAUCCCUGACCCUCUCCACGACCGCCUCGCCGCUCUCGCCCUCCUCGAUCCAACCCGCUAUAAAACCCCUUCGGCUCACCCAAACCCUCUCCUUGGUUCUCGGGAACCCUCACUCCGAACCCGGUUCAACCCGGCCGAGAUCCCUUCCCGCUCAUCCUUCAUCUACAACGGCAUCGUCUUCUCUCCUUCUCCUCGCCCAGUUUAUCAGUUCAACCAGGUUGAUAGUUUCGGUGCGAGAAGAGCGAGAGUGACGCAGAGGCAGCCGGAACGAUUUUUUCCGGCUAGGUUCAAUGGGCCCGGCCGGGAACGAACCGCCGGCACCGGAGUUUUCCUUCCGAGGGUUGUGAACAAUGAGUUCAGAAAAAAGUCCAGCAUGAAAAGUGGAGAGCAGCAACAGCAGAAACAGCAACCCAUAAGAAAUGCAGUUGGUGGGAGGCAGGGAAUGUCAUUUCAACCUCCAGCUUCAGAGAUGUGUCUGCCUCAAGACUGGACUUACUGAUGCCCAUGCCAGACCUCUCUCUCUCUCUCUCUCUCUCGCUCACUCUGUGUGUCACUACUCACUAGAAAGGAAAGCCUCUAUGGCCCUGCUUUGUUUUGUUGCUGUCUUUAUAGUGAAUAAGUACAGGAGAAAAAGGAAGGAAGGAUGGAGGGAGGUCUUUGAGAGGGCCAUGAAACAGAGAACAAAGACAAAAGGAAUUAGGGUGCAAAGUUAAAAGAAAAAAAAAAACAAAUAAAUCUCAUGGUCUGCUCUUCUUCUUGGGUUUUGAACCAAAUGAAAGGAAGAAGCAAUUAGUGUUGUAUUAGCAGAAGUAUUAGUACUAGUCUGUCUUUAUAUAUAUAUAAUAUCUUUGUUGUGCUUUUUAGGACUGACUGUAACAUAUAUGCAAAAUCAUAAUAAAAGGUUUUAUGUUUUGUUGGGAUGUUA